CAAACAUCAUAGUUUUCUGUAAUUUCAUUUUUCUGUAACUAUUAUUAUUACAAAUUAUUUAAUAAUAGUUACUAAAUUUUAUAAUUAUUAUUUAUAUUAUUUAUAUAAUCUGUAUAUGAAAAAAUGCAUUAAUUUUUAUUUUAUUAUAAAUUACAUACAAUAAUAUGAGCAUUAAUUUAUUGAAAAAAGUCUUAUUUAUCAUUACAAUUUAGUAUAUUAUUCAAAACAAUUAAAUCAUAUAUUAUAAUUUAUAAAUAAUCUUUAUAAAUAUAUCAUAUAAUUUCUUAAAAUUUUUUGUAGAAACUUUGUGUUGUAUAUUAAAUGUUAAUCUAUUCUUCUUUUCGUGUAAUUAGAACUAUAAACUAUCAUAUAAUCUAAAGUUUGUUCGGAAUAGUUAGUAAAUUCGACCACAUGUAAAAGUGAAUUCAUCCAUGGUGACACGUUUAGUAAAAUUGUACUUAAAAUUUUUUAAAAAUUUGUGAUUUUUAUUUAAUUUAAAGUCUUCAGUGAUUCUUAUUUAAAAAUAUAUUAUCAUUACUUAAGGAACCUUCUUUUUUUACACACAUUUUCUAAAAGUACAUUUAUGAAUAUAUGUAAAAUUGUUUAAACUAUAAUUCAGACCUCAAUGCAUCUUUUAAUGUUUUAAUCUUUCACAUUUUGAAUUAAAAUGUUCGAAAAUGUAUCUUCUGAACAAAAAGAUAAUCAUUUUAAAGAUGAAUAUUUUGAAGAAUUUGAACAUAAACCAUUAUUAAUAAGUAUACCAAAAGUAGAACCAACAUGUUCUAAUGUAACUAAUUUAAAUGAAAAUAUAUCGAAUGAGGAUGAAAAAAUUAUAGCAGCAAUUCCUUUGAUUAUGCCAUGUAAAAUAAAGGAUCCUAUUAUUUUACUUGAAAGAUGUGAUAAAAUAUGGGAGACAUUAAAAGUAAUAAAAAAUGUACAAGAUAAAAGUAAAAUUGAUACACUUAAUACGUUACCAUUAGAAAUAAAUUCAAAACCAUUAUAUAUUCAAUAUCAAUCACCAUUAGAAAACAGUAAUGUUGAAUUACCAAAUUUUAAAUUUUCUAUAAAAUAUAAAAAGAAAUUAUUUCAUUGUUUAACAUGUGGAAAACAAUAUACUGAAAAUCGAAGAUUGAGAUCUCAUUCAGAAAAAGUACACGGUAUUUACAUACCACCAAAACGAAAAAGAUAUACUGUUUUAUAUCAAAAACAUAUUGAUAAAAUGAAAGAAAAAGAUUCUAAUAUUAUUGAAAGAGAAGUAGAUUGUAGUGGAAAAGUUUCAUUAAAAAAAGAUGAAAAUAGAUUACAUGCAAGAACAUCAUUACAAUCUACAUCAUCAUCAAAUGAUAAAAAAAUUAUUUCAGAUUUGCACUUGAGAAGAAAAAAAAAUAUCAAUGAAACUAUAUGUGAUAAAAAUGAACAAGAAAAAAAAGUAUUAAAUAAACAAUUCAAACAAGAAAAAAUAAUCUCAGAAUCUCAUAUAUCUUUAUUAACAUGUAUAUUAUGCAAAAAAACUGUAAAUGAUAUAAGGAAGCAUUUAAUUGAUUAUCAUAAAAUUGAAUCACCUGAUUUUAUGUUAAAGAAUUUAAAUGAAACAUCUAAUCAUUUAAAAGACAAAUUAAAAACUGGACUUUCUAAUGAUGAGAAUAAAUUUUUUGAAAUUAAUGAAAAUAAGAAAAGAGUAAUAUCAAAUAUACAAUAUUCAAAUUCUAGAAAAAGAUAUAAAGUUAGUAAUAGUAAGAAUUCGCAAGUUGAUGAAAAUAAUACACGUCAAUGUGAUAUUUGUCUUGGUCGGUAUAAAGUUCGUAGUUUUUAUGCACACAUGCGUUAUCAUCGUCAGCGUGGAGAAACAAAAGAAAAUUUCCAUUUAUUUGAUAAUAAAUAUUUAAAUUCUCCAUUAUAUUUAAAAUCAAAAUUAAAUUCAAAUGAUGUAUCCAAUAAAAAUUCAAAUAAUAAUCACAGCAAUAAAGAUAAUUCAAUAUCAUUUAAAAAUAAAGAAAAAGAAUGGCAAACUGAAAAUAUACAAAAUGAAAAUAACAUUAAAAAGAAAUCAAAUAGAAAUAAUAUUUGUUCUUGUGGUAAAAAAUUUCGUAACUCUCAUACAUUAUUUGUACAUAAGAAAAAGUGUACUUCAGAUGAAUUAAAACAGCCAAUUAUAGAAAACAAAGUAAAUAUAAGAAGCCAGUAUGUUAUACAAAAUAAUUCUGAUAGAAAUUCUAAAAUUGGAAUUAGUAUAACAAUAAAGAAAAAAAAUAAUUCUUAUGAAAUCAUUGACAGAAAUAAUAAAAAUAAAAAUAAAAUGGAAGAUUCCAUUAAUUCAAACUAUCUUAAUGCAUCAAAUAUUUCAGAAAAUAAUACCCAAACAGAAUUACAAGAUCAAUUACGAGAUGAAACUUCAGAAUUAUCUAAAUAUAGUGAAAGACACAGUAUUUUAAAGAUUCAAUCUGCUGAUGAAGAUAUUGAUAUUGACAUUGAAGAAGACUCACAAACAAAUGAUUUUUGUAAAGAAAAAGAAGAACAGAAAGUAAAAGUAGAACAAGAUGAUAAUUCUAACUCAGAGUUUUCGAAGAAAAAAAUUCUUACCAAACAUAAUUAUAAACAAUCUAAUGGUAUCAAAAUAAACUUUGCUAAGAAAUAUAAUAUUUGUGUAUGUGGUCAUAAAUUUUAUACUAGAAGAGCUCUUGAGAUUCAUACUAAUAAACACCAUCCAAAUUCGAACUUGAUAUGUGGUUAUUGUAAAAUUAGUUUUUCUAAUGGUAUUACAUGGAAUAAACAUCAGUGUUCUGUUAAUGAAGGAAAAAAGUUUAUUGAUGUACGAAUGGAAAUAAAUUGUCUUCAUUGUACCGUUUCUUUAAGUUCACAUAAAAAAUUUGAUGAUCAUAUAAGACAAAAACAUCAUGAUUCUAUAUUGCCAUUUCAAUGUUUUCAGUGCUGUAAACGAUUUUCUAGUACCUCAUCUCGGAAAAUACAUUUUGAUACAGAUCAUGCAAUAACUGUUUGUUCCUUAUGUAAUAAUAAAAUUUUUGAUAUUAUGAAAUCUAGGCAUGAAGCAUAUCAUUAUGGACUUGGAUUUCCUUGUCAUAUUUGUAAAAGAACUUAUACCACUAAAGAAAAUUUAUUAAGACAUACAAAAAGAAGUCACAAAUAUCAUAAAAUAUCAUUUACAGCAAACAAUGAUUUAAAUGUAUAAUAUUUUUUAUGAAUUUUAUGAAUUUUUAUGAAUUUAUAUUAUAUAUUUAUAAAAGAGAAGUGAAAUAUUUAAAAAAUUAUAAAAUUAUAAUAAUAAAAAUAAAAAUUGAAAUAACAGUUUAAAUAGAUAAUUUAACAUGAAAAGAAAACAAAUGAAUGAAAUAAGUAUGACGCAAUUUAUAAUUUAUUUUUCAAUUUUUUCUUUUUUUUUUACUUAAAAAAGAAAUAAAUAACGAUUUUUAUAAGAAGAUGUCACUUUAUGAUAAUAUGAAAUAUAUGGUACAUUAUAAUACAUUAAUUUAUUAUAUAAAAGAAAGAUAUAUUGUUGAAUAUAUAUAAUACUGUGUUUAUAUUUAUGUCAAACAUAAAAAUAACUGUAUAUAUAAAAAUAGGUAUAAGUAAUGUAAAGAUGAAUAAAGAAGGUAUACAAUUUGAACUAUCAUUAUAUAGAAUUCUUAUUUUUUAAGUACAUAAAAUUGUAAAAUUGAACUGAAUUUAAAUCUUAAUUAAAUUUUAAUGUUUAUUAUAAAAAGACGAGUUACAUUACAUUUAAUUUUUAAGAAAUAAAAUUUUUUUAUUGAAUAUAUAUUUCAAUUAAUAAUAAAUAAAAUUUAUAAUAUUAUAGCUUUAUGUUAUGUUAAUUACCAAAUACAUUAUUUAAUUAUAUCAUUAAACUUUUUAUAAAAUAUCUAUCUGCAAAAUAUUGAUGACACAAAUGUUUGAAACCUUGAACAAUUAGCAUUAUCAAAAAUAUAUUUUUCUUUUAAAGUCAAUAUUAAAUUAUUAUUAUUGAUUGUAAUAAUUUUAUUGACUAUAUAAAUAAAUAAAUAUUAUAUAUAAGAUAUAAAAAAAUUUUUUUAUACGUAUUCUUUAAAUUCAAUAUGACAAAUUUAAACAAAUUUAUUAUUAAUUUAUUAUUUAAAAUUAUUCCUAAUGUAUCGUAACUCGUAUCUUUAAAUAUUAACGAAUAAAUAAAUAUAAAGUAAUAAUAUAAUUAAAAUAUGAUAAAAUUUUUGAUAUUUUUUUGUACUAGAAUUUAAGAAUUAAUUAAGAAGUAAAUGAUAUUUUUUAUUUUUUUAUUAAAAAUAUGAUUUUAAUUAAGAAACAUUAUUUUAUUAUUUAUACAUUUUUAUUUAAGUUGACUUACAUUUGUAUCGAUAAAUCACGAAAUAUAAGAUGAAAUAUUUUCAUCUCUUUUUCUUCGCUAUUAUCAUAUUAGAAUAUUUUAAUUAAUAUAAGUUUUAUAUAUAUCUUUAGAAAAAUAUAAAAACUAUUGAUGUAAUUAAUAAUUAUUUAUUUUAUAAUAUUAUAAUAAUAAAUAUGUAACAAAAUUACAAAUUAAAUAUUUAGUGCAAUCGUAAAAAAUUAUCAAAAUUAAAUGUAAAUGUAAUAUUAAUAGUAUUAUUAGUGAUUUUGAAAUAAAAUAAAUAAAAAAAACAAA